GAGCGGCAGGGGCAGAGUGUUACUAGGGAAGCCAAGUCUGUCUCCAAGGGACUACAAACAAUCCCAAGUCAAUGCAGCCUGGUCACCAACAGCUUGCCUCUUGGUCACACACAAAUGAACAGAUUUAUAUCAGUAUCUUUUUGUUUCCUUUGUCUAGCGUUCGGCACUUAAACCCUAUAUAACAAUCUUUGCCUCUGAGUGCCUCCUCAGCUUUGCUCUGGGUCUGACCCAAGCCUGUUGUCACAAGAUCGAGGCCUGAUGUCUGGUUGUAAGAAAAAGCCCUGUUCCCAGCUAACCCCCAAGGAGCUCGCUGAGGCCGAAAAUCGCACCUGUCCCAAACUGAAAAAGGCCUACAAUCUCAAGGUGAGACUGCAGAGCACAGGCGAGCUGUUCUGGGUUAAAGACUCCUCUGACGUGAUGACGAUUACGGAGAUGAAAUCCAAGCUGGAACUCGUGGCCGGUGUUCCCAGAAAGUUACAGAGACUCACUUACCUGGAUGAAGGGGAUUUACCAGACAACACAACACUAGAGUACAAUGAUGUGGUGCGAAGAGGAACAAUCAUAAUGAAGACCUGGGGACAAGAUGGCUGGGACAAAAUCCUGACAGCAGCAGCAAAGGGAGCUGUUUCUCAGCUGUCAGAGAUGGGUGUCACCAAGGACAGCACCUUUAACACUCCCAACUCCAGGAGAAUGAACGCUGCACAGAGAGAGGAGUGGAUCGCGGAGCGUGCUUCCGCUUCACUCUUCAUUGCGGCUCACAGAGGUCAUCACAGUAUGGUCAAGUUUCUCUUGGAGAACGGAGCUGACACCGUGACAAAGACCGAAAUUGGCAACACGGCCCUUCAUGUGGCCGCUCUGAUGGGGAAGUCUGAAUGCAUUGACCAGCUGCUGUCCUUUGGAGCGCUGAUGAGCACCCCCAAUAACGAGGGUGUGACCCCACAGAACUACGCUCAGAAGCGGGGGAACCAGGCCAGUACCCGCAAGUUCUUACUGCACCAGUGGAAGCUGCGCUCAGCCAGCAUUCACCUGAGACAACACUUGGACUAUUCAGACCUCUUCCCGCAUCAGAAAUUUGACUCUUCACUCAAGACGUGGAGGAAGGGAACGCACGCCAAGCUUUACAUGCUCAAUUUAUCCAAACCCAGCCAGUUCCUGGGCUCUGCCAUCGGGGCACCACGCAGGCACGGGACAGGGCAAAUCACCUUCAGCCUGACCUCCAGGAGAGAUGGCUCUAGGCACCCAGGGCCAGGCCAUGUGGGACCCAGAGACGGGAAAGGGACCAGUAUGAGCAUCGCGCAGGAAACACGCCAUCAUAACUCUCCACGUGGCAGCUCCAACACCAGCUACGAAGAGGUGAAGUCUUCUGAGAACAGCAGCCGUCACACAGACGGGGCCAGCAAGACCCCAUCCCUGGGCAGCAGCACAGCAGAAACAAACACAAAAGAGCCCACCAUGAAAAAUAAGCACCUGGAGCACUCACACACCGGCAAAAGGAAGAAGUAGUGUGGAGCCAGCAGGCACCAGGAGCUUUCACUGUUCAGCUGGCACUAAAGAUCCUCUUUCUCCCCUCAGUAUGUCUCCCUUUCCAGCAGACUGUGACUGGUCAGUAGUCACCACACAGUGCCUCUCCUCAGCUUUAGAAAUACUGUAUCUCAUCUCCUCAUUGGAGACCAGAGUCAACAUGACACUCUCCUCACAGGAGAUGUUUGAGACAUUAUUAAUCUUUGGAAGAGUUGAUGAGCAAAUAAACAAACCAGAAAACUUGUUAUCAAACAGGACAUGUAUGUAAAUUUGACUGAGUUUGUUGCUUUGUGUAAGAAGUCUCAAACCAUGUUGAUAAAGAGACUGGAGUUUAUGUACACAUGGAUUUUCAAAAGGCAAUUGAUAAAGUGCCUCUUAGGAGACUGGAUAAGAAAAUUAACGGACCAGAAGGUGUAAUAUGUGGAAAUUGGUGGCAUUGAUCAGAGGGAUGGCUGAAAUUGUUGGCUUUACCUUGCAGGGCUAUGGGGAGAGAGCGGGGGAGAGGGAUUGAU